AUGAAGUCGUCUCUAGAUCUUCGGCUUGUUUCUAUUCUCGCUCUUUUACCUGCAUUGUCACUGGCGCAGUUAGACUGUACCAAGAUCGUCGUUGAUGGAAAGACAUGGGACCUAAGUAAACUGGGCGGGCCUCACUCCGUCUACAAUGUGGUUGACCACCCUCCGUCCAUUAUCAACACUACCUAUACCCUGGAUAUAUGCAAGCCUUUACCAAAGAAUAGCCAAUGUCCAAGCGGAACAUUCGUAUGCGGCAUUGAACGAACGAAAACCAAAGACACGGAAAUAACCUCUGGGACAAUUCCGAUAGCAGGCAACUACGCUCAUAGUUCUGGCCGAUCUCUCGACCCCAAAAUCACCCGGCUAAAGGCCGCCGAUUCACAACAGGAAGGGCUCCGAAUCGAACUACACGGUGGAAAAUACUUGGACCGGAAGCAACAAGCCGUAAUAGAACUGAUUUGUGAUAAGGAGCGAAGCGGUCUGGAUGACGAGGAGAAAAAAGAGCGCCGAAGGAGAGCAGAGGACAAGAAGCCGGAAUCAUCUGAAGGCGAUGACAAGCAGGAGCGCAACAAGGACAAGAGUCUUCAGUUCAAGAGCUACGGAGAAGUCGACAAGAUCAACGUCCUCCGGCUCGACUGGCGCACCAAAUACGCCUGCGAAGACGUGAAAGACGACAACCCUUCGGGGUCGAACCAUUGGGGGUUCUUCACGUGGUUCAUCAUUCUCCUCUUCCUUUGCAUCGCCGCCUACCUGAUUUUCGGCUCCUGGCUGAACUACAACCGCUACGGCGCGCGCGGCUGGGACCUACUGCCCCACGGCGACACGAUCCGUGACAUCCCGUACCUAAUGAAAGACUGGAGCCGCAAGGUGGUGACUACGCUGCAGGGCCCCGGGUCGCGGGGCGGCUAUAGCGCGGUCUGA